CAAAGAGACAGAGAGAAGUAAAUGAGUUUUAAGUUAUUAUAGCCAUAUGUUCAAAACAACAAUUAGAAAUUAGACAUUUCUAAUUGUUGUGGUGGGUCAUGGUGCAGGUUCAUGUGCACAUCAGCAGUUAUUCAACAGGGCCUGAGCUGGUGACUGACCUUUGUUUCACCCUUUUGUCUCUACAGCGCGAAUGUAUAGCCAUUCAUGUCGGCCAAGCCGAAACCCAGAUGGGCAAUGCCUGCUGGGAACUCUACUGUCUUGAGCAUGGCAUCCAGCCUGACGGUCAGAUGCCUAGCAGCAAGACCAUGGGCGGAGGCGAUGACUCGUUUAACACCUUCUUCAGUGAGACUGGAGCAGGCAAACAUGUCCCCAGAGCAGUUCUUGUUGACCUGGAGCCAACAGUCAUCGAUGAAGUGAGUACAGGCACAUACCGCCAGCUCUUCCACCCUGAGCAGCUGAUCACUGGUAAGGAGGACGCAGCCAACAACUACACUCGUGGUCACUACACCGUUGGGAAGGAGAUCAUUGAUCUGGUCCUGGACAGAACAGGCUGAUUGGCCAGAUUGUCUCCUCCAU